AAGACACUAGACUGCAGCUAGAGCAGAUUCUCCACUUUUCAUCUCAACCACUCCCUGGUUAAAGAUGCAGAACGGCACUGAAGGAAACAACUUCUACAUCCCCAUGUCCAACAGGACUGGACUUGUAAGAAGUCCCUUUGAAUACCCUCAGUACUACUUGGCGGAUCCAUGGCAAUUCUAUGGUCUUGCUGUCUACAUGUUUUUCCUGAUCUGUUUUGGAUUCCCCAUCAACGGUCUGACCUUGUACGUCACAGCGACAAACAAGAAGCUCCAGCAACCCCUCAACUUCAUUCUGGUCAAUUUGGCUGCAGCUGGAAUGAUCAUGGUCCUCUUUGGAUUCACCAUUACCUUCAUUACCUCCAUCAAUGGCUACUUCGUCUUUGGACCUAUAGGCUGUGCCAUCGAGGGUUUCAUGGCUACGCUUGGAGGUCAGGUUUCUCUGUGGUCUCUGGUGGUGCUGGCCAUUGAGAGAUACAUUGUCGUCUGCAAGCCCAUGGGCAGCUUCACAUUCACUACCACCCACGCUGGUGCCGGAUGUGCAUUCACCUGGGUCAUGGCAAUGGCCUGUGCUGCCCCCCCAUUGGUUGGCUGGUCUAGAUAUAUCCCAGAGGGCAUGCAGUGCUCAUGUGGACCUGAUUACUACACCUUGGCCGAAGGCUUCAACAAUGAAUCAUAUGUGCUCUACCUGUUCUCCUGCCACUUCUGUGUUCCUGUCGUCACCAUCUUCUUCACGUACGGAAGCCUUGUCCUCACAGUCAAGGCGGCUGCAGCUUCCCAGCAGGACUCAGCAUCUACCCAGAAAGCUGAGAAGGAAGUGACACGUAUGUGCUUCCUGAUGGUUUGUGGUUUCCUGAUUGCCUGGACCCCCUAUGCCAGCUUUGCUGCCUGGAUUUUCUUCAACAAAGGAGCUGCCUUUACAGCCACAGCCAUGGCUAUUCCAGCCUUCUUCUCAAAGAGCUCAGCCAUCUUCAACCCAGUCAUCUAUGUGCUGAUGAACAAACAGUUCCGUAGCUGCAUGUUGGCUGCUGUAGGAAUUAGUUCAGGAACUGAAGAUGAGACCUCUGUUUCAGCAAGCAAGACAGAAGUGUCCUCUGUGGGCCCUGCAUAACAACUUCAAAUGAUUACAUUUUUUACAUGGACUGGCAAAUUUUCAAUUAGGUAGAUUUAUUUUCUAAUCAGAAGAUGCUCUCUUAUGAUACAGUCCUCAAAACAUUGCAUAAUCAAACAUAGCCAAUUUUUACUCUGCAUUUUAUGUUGCAGUUUCUUAGACCACCGAAGCACAGGAGAACAUUCGCAAUUGUGAUUUUUCAUUUUUUUCCAGCAAUGUGAAUCCUCAAGAGUUUUCAUGAUUAACCACUUGAAGGUUUGGUUUUUGCUCCAUAGCUUUGGGCACCCGUCACAGUGAGACACAAUUCCCCUCUGAGAAUCACCUGCUGUAAAGGACAGCAAUACCACUAAAAGGCGAGUCAUGCUACUGUGACAGAAAGUGGAUUCUUGCCAAUUACAAGGGAGGGGGCAGCAGGUAGCGUAGCGGUUAAGAGCGUCCGGUCAUUAACCAAAAGGUUGCUGGCUUGAAUCCCAGAGCCGACGAGGUGAAAAAACUGCUGAUUGAGCAAGGCACUUAACCAUCAUUUCUACUAUAUGUCACUCUGGAUAAGAGUGUCUGGUAAAUGACUAGAAUGUAAAUGUAAUUACGCUUCAUUGCUUCUCCACCCUUUCACAAAUCUGCACUUGGUAUACUGACUGUCAUUCUUUUUCAAAAAAGUGACAUGCAUACCAAAUUAGGACUCUUUUCCAUUGCUUCACACAAUACCUUCUCUACAAAAUUGCUUGAGCUUGAGAUGGCACAGUGAACUACUCUCAUGCUUUUGUCUUGAAGGAUUGAGAUUGAAUUGGUACGAAAUGAGGCUACAUAUACUGAGUGUACAAAACAUUAAAAAUGUCUUCCUAAUAUUGAGUUGCUGAUUGUGCCCCUACUGUCCCUUCACCUGCGGGGAAUCCGGGAAGAGAGAAGUCUCUAAUAACAAAUAUGUGGAUUGUUGGGAGGUUAAAUUGCCUAGGAGCCGACAAUCAUAAUUGUUCUAUUUAUUACACACUUUUGCCCUCAGAACAGCCUCAAUUUGUCAGGGCAUGACUCUACAAGGUGUUGAAAGCAUUCCACAUGGAGGCUGGCCCAUGUUGACUCCAAUGCUUUCCACAGUUGUUUUAUGUUGGCUGGAUGUCCUUUGAGUGGUGUACCAUUCUUGAUACACAUGGGUAACUGCUGAGUGUGAAAACCCCAGUAGCUUUGCAGUUCUUGACACAAACUGGUGUGCCUGGCACCUUGUACCGUACCGUGUUCAAAGGGACUUCAAUAUGUUGUCUUGCCCAUUCACCCGCUGACUGACACACAUAAAUCAAAUCAAAUCAAAUCAAAUUUAUUUAUAUAGCCCUUCGUACAUCAGCUGAUAUCUCAAAGUGCUGUACAGAAACCCAGCCUAAAACUCCAAACAGCAAGCAAUGCAGGUGUAGAAGCACGGUGGCUAGGAAAAACUCCCUAGAAAGGCCAAAACCUAGGAAGAAACCUAGAGAGGAACCAGGCUAUGUGGGGUGGCCAGUCCUCUUCUGGCUGUGCCAGGUGGAGAUUAUAACAGAACAUUGCCAAGAUGUUCAAAUGUUCAUAAAUGACCAGCAUGGUCGAAUAAUAACAAGGCAGAACAGUUGAAACUGGAGCAGCAGCACAGUCAGGUGGACCGGGGACAACAAGGAGUCAUCAUGUCAGGUAGUCCUGGGGCACGGUCCUAGGGCUCAGGUCCUCCGAGAGAGAGAAAGAAAGAGAGAAUUAGAGAGAGCAUAUGUGGGGUGGCCCGUCCUCUUCUGGCUGUGCCGGGUGGAGAUUAUAACAUAACAUGGCCAAGAUGUUCAAAUGUUCAUAAAUGACCAGCAUGGUCGAAUAAUAGUAAGGCAGAACAGUUGAAACUGGAGCAGCAGCAUGGCCAGGUGGACUGGGGACAGCAAGGAGUCGUCAUGUCAGGUAGUCCUGGGGCAUGGUCCUAGGGCUCAGGUCCUCCGAGAGAGAGAAAGAAAGAAGGAGAGAAUUAGAGAACGCACACUUAGAUUCACACAGGACACCGAAUAGGACAGGAGAAGUACUCCAGAUAUAACAAACUGACCCUAGCCCCCCGACACAAACUACUGCAGCAUAAAUACUGGAGGCUGAGACAUACACAAUCCAUGUCUCAAUUGUCUCAAGGUUUAAAAAUCCUUCAUUAAUAUGUCUCCUCCCCUUCAUCUAUACUGAUUAAGUGACAUCAAUAAGGGAUCAUAGCUUUCACCUGGAUUCACCUGGUUAGUAUUUUUCAUGGAAAGAGCAGGUGUUCGUGAUGUGGCAUUUGUUGGCCACCUUUAUGCUAUAAUUUGCUGAAAACAUUUUAUAAAUACUUAUUAAUGUUAUUUUAGAUUAAUAAAUGCAUGCAUCAAAAGGUU